ACGUGUAUUUGUGGGCCCUCAUGUGAGUGUGCCAGUUAUGAAUCCCCUAGACCCGGUCAGCCACGGUGAUGUACCUUUGGUCCACACUGCUGAUGAUGUUGGUGUAGUAGCAACUAACCCAGAAACAAGCAAGCACCCGGUCGACCAGACACAACAGCACGUACAGGUUCAAGCUGGUGACGGGCCACUUCCAGAUGGAAUGUCAUCGGAGAAGGUGGGACAGCUGGGUGUAGUUGAAGACAAAGAGGAUGGUGAAGACAAUGGUGAGGAGAAUGUUGAGGAGCCGGAAGAGCAGGAUGGUGGCGUCAAGGAUGGGGGGCCGAAUAAUAGGGAUGAUGACGAUGAUGAGGGACCGGCUAAUGGUCCUGUGCAAGGAACGGUUGCAGCAUCGCCCUUGGAGAACAUCGCUCAAGAGAACCCCUCUGAAGAUAAGAACAGUGAAGAGAACACCAGUCAAGAUAACCCCACUGAAGGGAACACCACUGAUGAGAAUCUCCAAACUGAUGACCAAGAAGGACCACGGGAGAAAUUGAUCCUAAGGAUUCCGAGAACAAACCCAAAAACACGCUAUCGGCAGACGCGAGUACGAAUGACAAAACUUGAGAGUGACGUAGUAGCUUAUGUGGAGUCAUACAAUCCUAAAGGGAAAGAGCAGGGGGCCAUGCUUAUCGAGUGUGAUGGUAAUGAUGCAAAUCGGAUGAUGUGCUACUCGGUUGUGCGUCCUAGGGAGUACGUGCAUUCCCAGUACGUUCGGGCCGUUGCAAACAUAUACAACAGGGAAUGGGCUCUGGAAUAUCCAACGAAUUCUCGCAGAAUCAUGCUGGACUCCUCAUUUGCGUAUCAGAAAUUAAAGACGAGGGAAACAUAUGCUGGUCUGCUGAAGAAGUGGUCCACCCCUCUCCAGAAGAUUGUGUCAGCUGAUAUAUCUGUGGUAAGUCUAAUUAGUCUUUUUACUCCAUGUUUAUAUGUCUGAUUAUAUGCCAACAACAUGUGUCUGACUAUUUUCGGACUAAUAACUGAGUGAUGAGGCCGUAUUUUAAGGAUUUGGAAAUAAGUUCCUACAUGCCUUUUACGUUG